GAAAUGAAAUCGGAAAACGAUAAAAAUCUUAUGAUUAAUAUGCGACUGAUGAAAAUGAUCGGAUUGUAUCAAAUUUUAAGUCCAAACAGUCCAAAAAUAUUGGGGAUCAAUAUUUUUAAAUACUUGACCAUCAUCCAAUUAUUUAUAAUUCAAAUAUCAGCAUUCGAAUUCAUUUCGAACAUAUAUUUUUGCUGGGAUAACAUCAACGAGGUGACGAAGUAUUGCAUGUAUCUCCAAUCAGACGUGAUUGCUACUAUUCAGCUGUACUAUGUGCUGAAAAAGUCCAACGAGAUAUGGAACUGCAUACGGUUAACGUCCACUAGCCAUUUAGCCUACAAAUAUCACAGCCGACGAAUAUUCGAAGCGGGUCAGUCAAAAUCCAAAUCGUAUUCCGUACUCAUCAUGCUACUGUGGGUGACGCUAGUCGUAUCUUGGAUAUUGGUGCCGUACAUGGUCAAAAACUAUUAUAUAGAAGUCAACGUCGAGAACGUGGUUUACCGUUACCGUUUUAGCGCGUUGAACUGUUUGUACCCCGUAACCGAUAAGUUCUACAACGAGCAUUUCAUUGCUUACUACUGCGUUGAGUCGAUAAUACUUAUGUGUUGGGGUCACAUCAGAAUGAUCUUCGAUGUACUUGGAACUUCUAUGUGCAUAACGAUUGCGUUUCAGUUGAAAAUGAUUGCGAAUUCGUUCAGCAUGUUAAAUAUCACCGACAAUCACUCGACAAAUUACCAUUUCGAUUCGGAUAAUGCAACAAAACUAAUCGAAUGCAAGGAAUCGACAUUUAUUGUCAAUUUCAAAGUAUUAGUUCAGGAUCAACAAAAAGUUGUCGAAAAUAUGAAAAAUAUCUACCGAAUACUUCGAUCAGUGAUGCUAUUACAAAUAGCUCUCAACUCACUAACAACUAUAUUAUUGUGCAGCAUCACAAUAAUGAAUUAUUUUAACGGACUAUCACUGACUUCACCUAUGAACAUAAGGUUGUUAAUGGCAAUAGUAACGUACUCAAGUCAUAUUUUUUUUAUAUGUUACUUAUUCGAGGAUAUAAAUGAACAAAAAGAGUCUCUGAAUUUUGCGUUGUAUAGUAGCGGUUGGACUGAAUCGAGCAUUAAAUGUAAAAAGAUUCUUCUUUUGGCUAUGCGCUUGAAUAAUGCUGAAAAGCUAAAACUACAAAUAACGAAGAAACAAAUAGUAAAUUUUGAACUGUUUACAUCAAUCAUGCAGACUACAUAUUCAGUAUCUUCGUUGCUGGUGAAACAGUGUUCAAAGAAAAUGUAAUCCUCGAUGCACAGCCAGCUGCACUUUAGAACUUUAAAGCAUUUUAAAAUGUUCAGAGUAGUAGUACUAAAAUCACGUAACAUUAUAAAAAAAAAUAUAUUAUUAUUUUAGAUACUAA